AUGGAACCUGUAACUGAGGCAGAAACUGGGAAACUUGUGUGGCGGGAACACUAUGGGUCUACACCAAGAAAGCACAGUUAUAUCCUCAAACAUGAUGGGGCUCUGAAAAAGAUCUCUGCAGGAUACAGCUCUGUUUCACAUUUUUUCAGGAGUGUCUUUCUGCCACAAGGAUAUCCUGACACUGUCAGUGAAGAUUAUUUGUCUUACCAGAUUUGGGAUACCACUCAGGCCUUUGCCAGCAGCAUCACCGGAACUCUUGCUGCCCAUGCUGUUCUUAAAGGUGUAGGAGUUGGAGAUGCAUCGGCCACUGUGAUGGGGGCAACAUUGACUUGGCUCUUGAAAGAUGGAGCUGGAAUGCUUGGCCGCAUUUUGUUUGCUUGGUCAAAAGGAACUGGACUUGACUGUGAUGCUAAAAGAUGGAGACUGUUUGCUGAUGUUCUCAAUGACUUUGCAUUCUUCCUGGACAUCAUGUCACCAGCGUUUGGAAGUUACUUCACCCUUGUGGUCUGUGCAUCUGGCAUAUGCAGGAGUAUCGUUGGGGUAGCAGGUGGCGCCACAAGAGCUGCUCUAACCCAGCAUCAGGCCAGACGUAACAAUAUGGCUGAUGUGUCAGCCAAAGAUGGCAGCCAGACCUUGGUUAAUCUGGCAGAACAGAUCUGCAUCUUCACAAGCCUGCACCUGUUUGCCAACUACAAGGCAGUCACAUCAGUGCGCAUGGAGACCCUCAACCAGGCACGGCUGCAUCUGAUUCUGACACACUACCUGGAGACAGACCAGCUGCUGGAUGUGAAGACAGUGAACUACCUGGAGCCCGUACUUUUCCCUGUCAGACGUCCAUUCAGCAUUAGACUUGGAGUGUCUCUGGGUGAUUUGAUCAAAAGUAUUUCAUUUUCCACUUUAAUGGAUGUUUAUGAGCGGCGUGUUGAAGGCUACAUCCUGGCGCUUGACAUGAAACGAAAAAACAUCAGUAUUGUCCUGGCCCAGGCUUCAGACACUCUAGAUCAACUCCAGGCUUGUUUCCAUGCUGAGCUGAUCAACUUCAUCUUUGAUCAGACCAAGAGGGGCAAGGAACUGAGGCCGAAACUCCAGAAUUUGGGACAGUUGAUCCAAAAAUACCACAGCUCCAAAACUGAGGAUGAAGAAGUGAUCAAGUCCAUCUUGUUGACAUCCCUCCAUUAUACAGAGUCCUUUAUGAACUCCAUCACUAGAGAGUUGCAUGCCAAAGGUUGGGUCACUGAGGUGGCCUUGCUGGGAGCAGAUGAGUGGAGAGCCCUGUGGGACUUUGAUGAGCUGCAAAAUAAAAAAUCUAAUUGA